ACUCAAUAUGCAGAGAUGCUUGGAAGGAUAUAGACAAAAUGGCGAAAUCUCUUGUGGUGGUUUGUCUAUUUAUUUUAACUGAUGCAAUCCAUGUGUUUUCUAUGAAACACAGUAAUGAUUUGUCGGCAGUGGCUGAUGGUCUGUCGUGGACAUUUUACGAAGAGAGUUGUCCCAAUAUGGAGGAUACAGUUAAAACAACAGUUGAGUCAAUUCUGAAUGAAGAUAUCACUCAGGCUCCCGGUUUGUUAAGACUCCUUUUUCACGACUGCUUUGUCCAGGGUUGCGACGCCUCUAUUUUGCUAAAUGGAACGGGCAGUGAGCUGGAAGACGCUCCAAACUUGACAAUAAGAGAGGAGGCAUUGGAGAUAAUUCAGCUAAUAAAGGAUGCAGUUGAAGAGGAAUGCCCUGAAGUUGUGUCCUGUGCGGACAUCUUGGCAUUAGCAGGCUCCUACGCAGUAUACAUGGCGGGAGGGCCGGAGAUUGCAGUACCGCUGGGCAGGAGAGACAGCUUGACCUUCGCUAAUGAGAGUGUGACAUUAGACAGUCUGCCCAGUCCAGCGUCAAAUGUGUCUACAUUAAUGAAUGCUUUUGCAGAAAAAGGAUUCACUGAGUACUCUGAACUUGUGACACUCUCAGGUGGUCACACAUUUGGACUUGCCCAUUGCUUGUCCUUCGUGGAUAGACUUUACCCAACACAAGAUUCCAGUCUGAAUGAGAGUUUUGCUGAGGAACUUUACCUCACAUGCCCCUCUUCUACCACCGUCAACACCACUGAUCUGGACAUUCGCACUCCGAAUGUGUUUGACAAUAAGUAUUACGUGGACCUAGUGAAUGGAGAAGUGCUGUUUACGUCUGACGAGUCCCUCUAUACUGACUCCAGCACUAGUGAAAUAGUUACAAGCUUUGCAGCGAAUGAGAGUCUCUUCUUCGAAACAUUUGUGGUUGCCAUGCUAAAAAUGGUUCAGCUUGAUGUGUUGACGGGAAGUGAGGGGGAGAUCCGCAAAGUUUGUUCAGUUUCUUCUUCUUCUAAUUCUACAUACUCCAUCAUCGAUGCAGACAGCCACUCUUCCUCAUCCUCUUGAUUAAUAUGAAUGGCUACGAUUACUCAUCUUUUACUGAAGCCAUAUUACAAUGUAUUUUGACAAUCAAAAUAUCUCCGGCAUCUAUUACGAAUCAUGCCAAUGUACCUCCUCCUUUCGUUACUCUCAUGCCAAGCGGUGAUAUGAUUAGUUUGAUUAAUAUAUAUAUAGCA